GGGGACCAUGCGGCGCCUGCCUCGCCGCCUGGUGCUGCCGAUCUUCGGAGUGCUGUGGAUCACCGUGCUGCUGUUCUUCUGGGUAACCAAGAAGAAGUUGGAGGUGCCGACGGGACCUGAAGUGCAGACCCCCAAGGUUUCGGAUACGGACUGGGAUGACCUGUGGGACCAGUUUGAUGAGCGGCGAUACCUGAAUGCCAAGAAGUGGCGUGUCGGGGACGAUCCCUAUAAGCUGUAUGCUUUCAACCAGCGGGAGAGUGAGCGGGUCGCCAGCAACCGGGUGGUCCCGGACACUCGCCUUUUCAGAUGCACCCUGCUGGUGUACUGCGCAGACCUUCCCCCCACGAGCAUCAUCAUCACCUUCCACAACGAGGCCCGCUCCACCCUGCUCAGAACCGUCCGCAGCAUAUUAAACCGCACCCCUAUGAAUCUGAUCCAGGAAAUCAUAUUGGUGGAUGACUUCAGCAAUGACCCUGAGGACUGCAAACAACUCAUCAAGCUGCCCAAGGUGAAAUGCUUACGCAAUAAUGAGCGGCAAGGUCUGGUCCGGUCCCGGAUCCGGGGUGCUGACGCUGCCCAGGGGACCACCCUGACUUUCCUUGACAGCCACUGUGAGGUGAACAGGGACUGGCUCCAGCCUCUCCUGCACAGGGUCAAAGAGGACUACACGCGGGUCGUGUGCCCUGUGAUCGACAUCAUCCACCUGGACACCUUCGACUACAUCGAGUCGGCCACGGAGCUCAGAGGGGGCUUUGACUGGAGCCUCCACUUCCAAUGGGAGCAGCUCACGCCAGAGCAGAAGGCUCGGCGCCUGGACCCCACUGAGCCCAUUCGGACUCCAAUCAUAGCUGGAGGGCUCUUCGUGAUGGACAAAUCCUGGUUUGACUACCUGGGGAAAUACGACACGGACAUGGACAUCUGGGGUGGAGAGAACUUUGAAAUCUCCUUCAGAGUGUGGAUGUGCGGGGGCAGCCUGGAGAUCGUCCCCUGCAGCCGCGUGGGCCAUGUCUUCCGCAAGAAGCACCCGUAUGUCUUCCCGGAUGGAAACGCCAACACGUAUAUAAAGAAUACCAAGCGGACAGCCGAAGUGUGGAUGGACGAAUACAAGCAGUACUAUUACGCUUCCCGGCCAUUCGCCCUGGAGAGGCCCUUUGGAAACAUCGAGAGCAGAUUGGACCUGAGGAGGAACCUGCAGUGCCAGAGCUUCAAGUGGUACCUGGAGAAUGUCUAUCCAGAACUCAGAAUACCCAAGGACUCCUCCAUCCAGAAGGGCAACAUCCGACAGAGGCAGAAGUGCCUGGAGUCUCAAAAGCAAAAGGACCAAGAGAUCUCCAACCUCAGGUUAAGCCCCUGUGUCAAGAUCGAAGGCAAGGAUGCAAAGUCCCAGAUCUGGGCCUUCACGUACACCCAGCAGAUCCUCCAGGAGGAGCUCUGCCUGUCAGUUAUUACCCUGUUCCCCGGCGCCCCAGUGGUUCUUGUGCUUUGCAAGAACGGAGAUGACAGACAGCAAUGGACCAAGGCUGGUUCCCGAAUCGAGCACAUGGCAUCCCACCUCUGCCUAGACACAGACAUGUUCGGGGAUGGCACCGAGAAUGGCAGGGAAAUUGUUGUCAACCCGUGCGAGUCCUCACUCAUGAGCCAGCACUGGGACAUGGUGAGCUCUUGAAGAUGCGUGUCGGAACCAGCGGGGGCCGUGGCAUGGAGCGUCCCCCAUUGAGAAGCAGACUGAAUAUCUGGCUCCAUGCAGCCUGCAACCACUCCAGAUGCCCUGAAGCGGGAGGUGGAGCCAGAGCCCCCCCCGGGCAGGAGCGGCUGUCUCAGGGAGGAUCAGGAGGAGACUGCAAGCCAAGAGGACUCAGAGAUCCCACGCGUUGUCAGUGCUGUUAAGUUCCAGUCCUGGCCCCGUCUGCCCCCAAAUGGUAUCUGGAGACAGGGAUCUGAUGGGAAGGUUGAUGUUCGUUGUUCCCUUUCUGACAAAAGAGGCCAGAGAGAAAAGCCUUCCUCGUUACUAGGCCAGGACUCAGUUGAGAGAUGGAGAAUGGAGGUAGUUUUCAAAACAAAUAAAGGAACCUUUGACGUUU